AUGGUGAAGAUAACACGUAAAAGAGAUUUACAUCCUGGUGCAAGUGAGCCAAGGAGUGACAAUGGAAGAAGAUUGGGUGCGUCCGGAGAAUCAUCAUGCGACCGCGUAAACACGGGAGACUCAACUACUGCUUCUCCACCAACAGCAUCUGAUUCAACCAACGCUCAUCCCCCCGACACUCCUUACGCAGUAUCAUCUCGGAUCGCCAGACAGCUUCGGCUAUCAAUACGUAGACAGACUAAAACAGCUAGGUUGACUGCGCCUGCGUCCACAUCUGGUACAAAAAUCCGCAAGCCAUGUGACAAAUGGGAUAUAGUCUCAUGUCCAUCGUGUAAAGCAUUACUAUGGAAUGCAGAAGCAACUGGUGUCCAGCCGAACAGAGAUGCCAAACAGUUUAGUCUAUGUUGCCAGAGAGGUAGAGUGAGGCUUCCACCUGUCCGAGAACCACCCUCUCCAUUGCUAGAGCUCCUAGAGACGCCUAAAUUCAGAUCUCACAUCAGAGUUGCAAACAGUUUGCUCGCUUUCACAUCCAUGGGUGCACAGAUUGAUCAUAGCGUUACUGGGACCCCUGGACCUUUUACAUUUCGGGUUCAUGGCCAAAUCAUUCAUAGAAUUGGUUCUAUGCUACCUGACGAUGGUAACGAUCCAGAGUAUUUGCAGCUUUAUAUUUUCGACACUGAUAAUGAGCUGGAAAACCGAAAGAGGUCUUUUACAAAAGGCUCAUCUCAGCUGGCCGUGGAUGAUACUGUUAUCCUCCAGUUGAUUGAGAUGCUAGAUAUUAAUAAUCACCUAGCCAAAACCUUCAGGCAUGCGCGCGACCGUUUUCGAACAACCGGGAAAAUUGAAUUCAGCAUCACAUUGGUCAGCCAACCAAGCAGAGGUCGUCAAUAUGAUCUUCCUACGGCGAGUGAGAUCGGUGGACUAAUAAUUGGUGAUUUGUCUGCAACCUCAGUAGGAAGAGAUAUUGUGGUUGAGCUCAAAUCAUCUGCACUGCAAAGAAUAGGUGAUCUACACCCAUUACUGAUGAGCCUUCAGUAUCCAUUAUUGUUUCCUUACGGAGAAACAGGUUACCAUGAGCGAUUGCCAUAUGAGGGGCCUGAAGCAUCCACUGUGAGAAGAACAUACAUGACGAUGCGAGAGUUCUAUGCUUACCAGCUACAAACUAGGCCAUCGGAAGGAAUGACAAUCAUUAAAGGUAGAAGAUUGCUGCACCAGUACAUUGUUGACGCCUAUGUAGCUGUAGAGACGGAGCGACUGCGAUUUUUGAGUCUAAAUCAGAAAAAACUCCGAGCAGACCUGUAUAACAACGUAUGUGACGCCGUUGAAACUGGCGAUGCAGAUGCUACUCAAGUUGGUAAGAAGAUCAUCCUCCCUUCGUCCUUCACUGCUGGACCCCGGUACAUGUCUGAAAAGUACCAGGACGCAAUGGCUAUAUGCCGUUGGUAUGGGAAUCCUCAUCUCUUUAUCACUGUCACUGCUAAUCCUAAUUGGGUGGAACUCAGUAACCAUCUGGAUGCAUAUGGAGGUGAUUCUGCUAAUAGCCGACCUGACCUAGAAUGUCGGAUCUUCAAAAUCAAGCUUGAUGAGAUGAUGGCAGAUUUCAAAAAGGGAGAGUUCUUCCCUACGCUGGACGCAGCUGUCUACACCAUUGAGUUUCAGAAACGAGGUCUGCCCCAUGCCCAUAUUUUACUAUGGUUGAAAGGUAUAAAGAAGGAAGUAACAGCUUCGGUUAUUGAUGAAUACAUCUCAGCUGAGUUUCCCGAUAAAGAAGUUGAUAGAGAGGGGUUUGAGCUGGUUGAGCGGCAUAUGAUGCAUGGUCCGUGUGGUAAAAUGCGCCCCAACUCACCAUGUAUGGAGAAAGGAGAGUGUACUAAGAAUUUUCCUAAACCUUCUUCAGAUCAGACAAGAAUAGACAAAUCUGGAUUUGUUGUUUAUAGAAAGAGAGCUGGUACUGGAGAUUUUGUAGUCAAGGGAGAGAUCGAGCUGGAUAAUCGUUUUGUUGUGCCUCAUAAUCUUGGUCUUCUGAAAAAAUAUCAAGCCCACAUCAACGUUGAAUGGUGUUGCAGAACCAGCGCAAUCAAAUAUCUUUUCAAAUACAUAACGAAAGGCGUUGAUAGAGCAACUGUCCUUAUACAUAGGAAUGAGCCAGACACGAGUAAUGAGAUCAACAAUUUCCUGGAGUGCCGGUAUAUAUCAGCUUGCGAAGGUUCAUGGAGAUUGUUUGCUUUUCCUAUACACUAUAACCAGCCCAAUGUUGUGAAGCUCCCCGUACAUCUACCAGGUGACCAUGUGAUGGUAUUUGACGAAUCUGCUGACUUAUCAAAGGUGGUAUACCGAGAAAAUAUUGAUAGGUCAAUGUUAACAGCGUUCUUUGAGGCAUGCGACACGUAUGAGGAAGCUAUGGAGCUGACCUACGUUGAAUUCCCUUCGAGGUUUGUCUACCAUUCAAACGAUAGGAUAUGGACGCCAAGACUGCAAGGGGAAGCUAUAGGGAGGGUCGUGUAUGUCAGCCCAGCGUCUGGUGAUAGAUACUUCUUAAGGAUGUUGCUGAAUGUUGUUAGAGGUCCUAGAGGCUAUGACGUGUUAUACACGGUAGGGGAUGUGGUAUAUAAGAAAUUCAAAGAAGCGUGUUAUGCACGAGGACUACUUGAUGAUGAUAAAGAGUGGCAUGAGGCAAUAGAGGAGCCAUCUUCAUGGGCAACCGGACGGCAGCUGAGAAGACUGUUUGUGCUUAUCUUGGUUUAUUGUCAAGUCGUAGACCCACUCAAGCUUUGGGAGCAUACUUGGAUGUUUUUGGCAGAGGACAUACUGUACAUGAAACGAAAGGAGUUUCGAUUUCCAGGUCUCGACUUACAAGAUGAGCAGUUAAAGCAGUAUACACUGCUCGAGGUUGACAAACACUUAAAAGAGCAUAACCAGUCACUAGCAGACUAUGAUGAGUUGCCUCAGCCAGAUACUUCAAUACUAUCAGAGAUAAACAGCCAAGUUUUGCGGCAGGAACUGAUGUAUAAAUUCGAAAAGGAGAAGGAGACGCAUAGAGUAUUGUUCUCGGCGAUGAAUACGGAUCAGGAGAAAGUAUAUGCUGCUGUUCUGAAGUCAGUUGACGAGCAGUCGGGCCAGUUAAUUUUUGUCUCAGGUGCAGGAGGCACAGGAAAGACAUACCUAUACAGAACUAUUAUAGCGAGGCUUAGGUCAGUUGGCAAAGUAGUUAUACCGGUAGCUACAGCUGGCAUCGCAGCAUUGCUGCUCCCGGGAGGAAGGACAGCACACUCACGGUUCAAAUUACCUCUGAAUCUAGAUGAUCGUUCAAUGUGUGAAAUUCACAAGGGGUCAAGUUUAGCUGCAUUGAUAUCUAAGGCAGACCUGAUAAUAUGGGAUGAAGCUCCGAUGGCACACCGACACGCUUUUGAAACCUUAGAUCGUUCCUUCAGAGAUUUGUUAUCGCAUGAGUCUCCAGAAGCUAGCACACAGCCCUUUGGUGGCAAGACGGUGCUUCUCGGCGGGGAUUUCCGGCAGAUUUUGCCAGUUAUUCCACACGGAAAAAGGCCAGACACCGUUCUCGCAUCCAUCAGCAAAUCAUAUCUAUGGAAAAUGGCCCAAGUAUUCACCUUAUCCAUCAACAUGCGGCUGCGGCAAGAAGACAAGGACUUCGCAAAAUGGAUUCUACAAGUCGGUGAUGGGGAAGCUGACGCCUUGGCGUCCAAUAAACCAAAACAUGAGGAAGGGAAUCAGAUUACUGUGGAUAAAAGGUUAUUGAUCUCUCGCUCAGAUACACCACACGAAGCUCUGGCGCAUGCUGCAUAUCCUAACUUCCUCCAAAACUACCGGGAUAAGGCCAAGAUUUGGAAAAUAUUUAUACAUUUAUUACGCCUUUAA